UCAUCGAGUCCCAAAAUGACCCAAAUAGAGAGAGACCCUUUGCUGCUCUGGCUCACUGGCGGCCCCGGUUGCUCUGCCUUUUCCGGCCCCGUUUAUGAAAUCGGUCCACUGGCUUUUGAUUUUGAGAACUUUGAUGGAAGCUUACCUUCUCUUGUAUUGAACCCAUAUUCUUGGACUAAGGUUGCCAGCAUUAUAUUCCUAGAUUACCCUGUUGGAACUGGAUUCUCAUAUUCCAACACUACAACAAGCUACUCUUCCUCCGACACUAUUUCAACCCAACAUAAUUACACAUUUCUACGCAAGUGGUUGUUAGCUCAUCCCGAGUUUAUCAAGAAUCGUCUCUAUGUUACUGGUGACUCUUAUGGUGGCAAGAUUGCUCCCAUGCUUGCUCUUGAAAUAGCUAAAGGCAAUGAAGCGGGAAGAGAGCCAAUAAUGUCUCUCAAAGGCUACAUUGUUGGAAAUGCAGUGACGGAUGAAAAUGCGGAUAUUAAUGAAAGGAUACCUUAUGCUCACAGAAUGGCACUCAUUUCCGACAAACAAUUUGAGGUGUUUUCGUUUUUUAUUACCAAAUUUAAUCUAGUGCUAUAGAUUCGGAGUAUAUCU